AUGAUUUCUAAGUUCAUCAAURCUACUGAAGCAAAGCUCCAAGAACAUGAUAAGAGAUUCUUAAGUCAAGAAGCAUCAAUCAAAAACUUAGAAGUCGAAAUGGGGCAGAUUGUGAAUCUGUUGUCGGAAAGAAAGGAGGAAUGGCUGCCCAGCAAUACGGAGAAGAAUCCAAGAGAGCAAAUAAACUCUAUAGCUUUGAGAAGUGGGAAGACAAUUGGCGAGACCCAGAAUGAUGACAAGGAAGCUGAAGUAGCCGAUUCACAAAAGGAGACUGAAGGGAGUACACCUAAACUGAAUUUAGAUUCUAUUAAACUUCUCCUUCCCUACUCUGGAAGAGUUUUGAAAGCUAACAUGCAUAAACAAUUUGAGAAAUUUUUGGAAGUGUUUAAAAAGAUACAUAUUAACAUCCCUCUUCUUGAUGUAUUGUCGCAGAUGCCAAAAUAUGCCAAAUUCUUGAAGGAGGUGAUGUCGAACAAAAGGAAAUGGGAGGAAUGUGAGAUGGUGAAAUUGAACGAAGAGUGCUCAGCCAUCCUCCAAAAUAAAUUGCCCCCAAAGCUUAAGGAUCCAGGGAGCUUUUCUAUACCUUGCACCAUAGGGAAAUACUGA